CUUACUCGCAUAUUUACUGCGGAUGCGAAGAUAUCAAUAUUAUUUGGCAAUAGUUUGAAACAAAAAACAUACCUAGGUACAGGGACCCGCAGUUGCUACUAAUCUGAUCAAGUGAUCAAGUGACAAAGCUUCAAUCAUGGCAGACGAAGAGGACCUUUAUGAAUUUGAUGCAUCCAUCGACCAAUCAGAGAUGGAAAAUGAUGCUGAUUUUCAGCAGGCUUUGAAAACCAGCACUGGAAAACGGCCCACGACGACGGCUCGACUGGCCACCGGUAUGGCCGGAAACCGUCCGGGCACACAGGCCCGCGCCGGACUGCGGACCGGCGCGCCGCCCGGCACGGCUGGGGUGCGCGGGAUGACGGCGGCGGUCCGCACCAGCUCCACGGGCGACAGCCGGCCGAUGACGGCCGUCAAAGGCGCCGGCUACUCCUCCGGCGCCGGCACACCCGGGCUGGAGAGCACCAAACCCGUGCUGGAGACACAGAAACCCGAGACUCCCGAGGAGAAGAUCCGCCAGCUGGAGGUGAUGACCAUGGAUCUGAUCGAGGAGUCGUGUCUGGCCAGCUGCCGGAACGAAGGUAAACUGGCGCUGGACAAGGCCAAGGAGGCGUCCACCAAGGAGCGCACGCUGAUCCGACAACGCGACCAGGCCGGUCUCAGCGAGCAGCACAACAUGGAGCUCACCUUUGUGGUUUUGACGAACUUGGCGAGCCAGUACGCCAAGAAUGAGCUGUACACCGAAGCUCUGAACACAUACAAUGUCAUCACCAAGAACAAGAGUUUCAACAACCCCGGUCGGCUGAAGGUGAACAUGGGCAACAUCUACUACAAGAUGGAGGAGUACCCCAAGGCACUCAAGUUCUAUAGGAUGGCGCUCGAUCAAGUGCCCAGCGGACAAAACUCGACGAAGAUAAAGAUAAUGCACAACAUUGGCAUCCUGUUUGUGAAGAUGGGGCGGUACAAGGACGCCAUUACCAGCUUCGAGUACUGUAUGCACGAGAAGGCCUCGUUCCGCACAGGCCUGCACCUGGUGGUCUGCUACCAGGCUCUGGGCGAGCGACAGAAACAGCGAGAUGCCUUCGAGAAGCUACUCCAAGUGCCGUUUGAUAUGGACAAGGAGGACCAUUACAAAGACCUGGAAGAGGAGGCUGAGAAGGACCCGCAGACGGCCCUGGUCGUGGAGGUGAUAAAAAACGACCCGAUGCGGAAACAGGAGCGGCGUCUGCGCAACGAGGCCGAACAGUGCAUCCUGACGGCGUCCAAACUGAUCUCCACGACCGGGGACACGCCCGCCGAGGUCUCCGAGUCCUACGACUGGUGUCUGGAGACGCUGAAGAACUCUCAGCACGCCGACCUGGCCAGCGAUCUGGAAAUCAACAAGGCCAUCAUGUACCUGCGCCGCAAGGACUUUAAGGCGGCCAUCGACACGCUGCGGGUGUUUGACAAGGUGGAGACCAAGGUGGCGUCGCACGCCUUCACCAACCUGGCCUUCCUCUACUUCCUGCGGAAGGAGUUUGAAGAGGCCGAGCGGUACGCAGUGCAGGCGAGGGACGCCGACGGCUACAACGCGCCGGCACUGGUCAACCUGGGCAACUGCUGUCUGCAGCGCGGCGACCUGCAGAAGGCCAAGGAGUACUACAUCUGCGCGCUGGACAACGACGCCUCCUGUGUGCAGGCGCUUUACAACCUCGGUCUGGUGGACAAGCAGCUGCGUCUGUACGCCGACGCCAAGGCCUCGUUCGAGAAGCUGCACCUGAUCGUGCGCUCGCAUCCGCAGAUCAUCUACCAGAUCGCCAGCUGCUACGAGCUGCUCGGGGACGUCGACCAGGCUACCGAGUGGUACGUCCAGAUGCUGAGUCUGGUGCCGACCGACCCGGACACCCUGUUCCACCUCGGAGGUCUGUUUGACCGAGAGGGCGACAAACAGGGGGCCUACCAGUACUUCUUCGAUUCGUCGCGCUUCUACCCGUCGAACCUGGAGGUGAUCGACUGGCUGGGCUCCUACUUCAUCGAGCACCAGGUCUCCGAGAAGGCCAUCAUGUUCUUCGAGCGCGCCGCGCUCAUCCAGCCGGCCGAGGUCAAGUGGCUGCUGAUGGUGGCGUCGUGCUACCGGCGCGCCGGCAACUACCAGCGCGCGCUGGCCAAGUACAAGGAGAUCCACAUGAAGUUCCCCGACAAUGUCGAGUGCCUGAAGUUCCUGGUGCGUAUCUGCACUGACCUCGGCCUAAAGGAGGCCGCAGACUAUUCCAUCGAGCUGAAGAAGGCCGAAAAGUCCAAGGAGAUGCGGGAUGAACGCAUGAAGGGAAAGCCAGGCACGUCGUACCGGGGCAGCUCGGGCCGCGGCGGCUCCGACUCCAGUCUGGGCGGCAGUCGGCCGGGCUCGGCGGCCGCCCCCGCCCCCGCCGCCGCCGCCGCCGCGGAUGGGCCGACGCCCCAACAGCAGGAGGAGAUCGACGCCCGCUACAAGGACCCGCUGGGCCCGAUGAAGCAGCGAAUGGCCAAGGACGGUAAGAACGAGGACGACUGGGACGACGACCUGGACGACGACAUGCUGCCGGAGUAGCUGCCGAGUGAGACGGCGGAUCGCCGCUCUCCGGCACACACGGUCCAUGGGCCGUCCCUUCGGUCGACCAGCCGUUCCGCCGGCCCGCCUGCUAGUGUGUGGAAGGUGUGGCGGCUGGUUCACCUGGGCUGUGAUGAGCGGUGAUUGUCCAGUGUUAUUUGGCGGGGGCUGAGUGUUCUCUGCGUCGUUUAUUGGCUUCCACCGCGGUACAUAGGUGCAGGGUAUCGUGUAAGUAUUAUGGACAGAUGCAUGCAUUUCUCGGCAUUGGUUGUGAGUUGUGAGCAUCGUCCGUGUCUGCUGGGACGGAGUUCUGCUGUUGGUAAUGAUAAAUACGUUACGCGGUGGUCACGUGCGGAAAGAACAGCCACUACAGCCAGACUGUGUCUAGAUCUUACCGCUAGGGGUCCAGUCUGGGUGUGAUUGAAUCUCCGUUUUUUUUUUUUCAAAACGUGUAGGCCAUUUGUGAUUUGGAGACUUCGACUUCCUCACUUGCUCAAUAUGCGAUGAUGUGCAAUUGUGUUUUACUUAUCCGUUAUACCUACUUUAUUUUUGUGUUGUUAUUCAUGUUCUUCAUUUGUCAUAUUAGUCGUAAAACGUUAAUUGCCAACAAAGGCAUGUGAUAGGUCGCUGUCUACCGCUACUAGCAUAUAAUUGCUCGUAUAAUUCAGUGUCCUACACAGUAUUGGCAGCCUAGACGGCGGCCUACCUAGCAUCGACCACAUCGACAACAGUUUCUGUCCAUAUGUCUAUAUAAAAAGGUGUGUUUACCGUCUGCUUACCCAAAUAAAGCCACGUCAGUUCCAGA